AUGAGCUACAGGAUCGGGUAUUAUGGGGCGGCGAUGCUUUUCAUCCACACCGUUAACGAGACGUCGCGUUUAGAAAACCUGUAACAUCUGCAGGAGGACACAGAUUUUGGCCGACAUUUUUGGAUCAGACAGUGAUUUUUGUUCUACAGCGUGCGGUAAAGACAGCAGUGUGAGAUGGUCCAGAACAGUAUAAUGAGCACCGCGGAGGACGUGGCGGAUCAGUUCUUGCGAGUGACGAAGCAGUACCUUCCCCACGUAGCAAGAUUGUGUCUGAUCAGUACCUUCCUAGAAGAUGGUAUCAGGAUGUGGUUCCAGUGGAGUGAGCAGAAAGAGUACAUCGAGAGCUCGUGGGGAUGUGGCUUCUUCCUCGCCUCACUCUUCGUCUUAAUAAACUUACUGGGCCAGCUGGGUGGUUGUGUAUUGAUCCUGAGCAGGAAUUUUGUGGAGUAUGCCUGUUUUGGAUUAUUUGGAAUCAUUGGACUGCAGACUAUUGCCUACAGCAUUUUGUGGGACCCAAAGUUUUUGAUGCGGAACCUAGCACUGGGGGGCGGCUUGCUGCUGUUGCUGGCUGAGUCACGUUCAGAAGGCAGGAGCAUGUUCGCUGGGGUGCCCACGGUGCGAGAGAGCUCUCCUAAGCAGUACAUGCAGCUCGGAGGACGUGUGCUGCUUGUGCUAAUGUUCAUGACCCUGCUCCAUUUUGAUGCCAACAUCCUCUCUAUCUUACAGAACCUGGUGGGUACGGCUCUAAUAAUCCUGGUGGCCAUCGGGUUCAAGACAAAGCUGGCUGCUCUCACUCUGGUUGUCUGGCUCGGUGUCAUCAAUGUCUACUUCAAUGCCUUCUGGACCAUUCCAGCUUACAGGCCCAUGCACGACUUCCUCAAGUACGACUUCUUCCAGACCACAUCUGUGAUCGGAGGUCUGCUGCUUGUGGUAGCACGAGGUCCCGGUGGAGUCUCCAUGGAUGAGAAGAAGAAGGAGUGGUGAGAUUGUGCAAAGCUCAGAUGGCUCUCUUGCUCACUCUAUAGUGUGUGCUCUGCAGUAGUUUCCUGCAGCAUUAUCCCCUCAAAGCAAGAGCACUAUAUAGGGAGUGAUGAGCAGUUUGAGACACAUGGCCUGUAGUGAAGAAACCUAGAAGCCAACAACAUGACUCACUCUUUUCUUUUGCAGCCCAAGCACUGUCUCACUUUUCUAUGGUUUCAGUGCGUUUUCUUCAUUUCUACAGGCCUUUUAGGCGUUUAUAUAUAUUUUUUGUCAUAUUUAUUAGCAACAAAUAUGGCCAGAACAUUUUUUUCCAAUUCCUGUUGUUAAUAUAACCAUAAGAUCUGCUACAUUAAUAUAACAUUUUAAUAAUCCCCUCUGUUUUUGGAGCCAGUCAUCAUGUCCACUGACCAAAGACACAUUCCUUUUUUUUUUCUUUUUUCUUUUUUUUUUUUUACUUUUUAUUUUUAUAUUCAAACAACGGUGGCUGCUCUGGUGUUAUCUGAGCCCUGUUGCUGUUCAAAUUUUUUAUACAUAAGUUAUAAUAACAUCAAGGUUUCAAUUGGUUGGCCUUGUAAGAUCUCCAGUAAUGGGUAUUUUUACAUCACAUAGCUGUUUAUGAAUGUAUCAUCAUAACUGUGCUGAAUCAAACCGAAUGGUUCCAUUGUGUAGAGCUGUGUGACAGCUGAUGUUCAUCACUACAGCUCAGGAGUACAACAGGCAAGAAGUAAGAGAUUAACAAACCCAGUUUGUGUGUUUUUCAGUUAUUUAAAAAUAAAAACAAAACAAUGAUCUAUGACUACCCUUAAUGGCCUUUUAGAUUUUUUUUUAUUUUUUUUAUAAUAAUUAUUAUUAUUUUCCUCACCGUACCAAUAUAGAUAUUUUGAUUUAUUAUGUCAGUAUAUGGCAUUGUUAACCGUGUGUAAACUGUUGUCAGGUCACUAAAGUUUACAGUAGCUGAGUAUUUUUCAAAACAAGCGAAGCAGGAAUUUUAAAUGAAUGAAACCCUGUGAUUUGUCAUGCAGUGUUUUUCCUCUUUGUACAAAAAAAAAGUCCAGAAAAAAAAGUUGGUUUUCUAAAUGUCUCAAGUGUCUCCUAUAUGUUUUGAUAAAGGGAAAAUAAAAAAGCAAACUUAA